AUGAAUAAAGUAAAACAUCAAAAUUUUUGGAUCAAUAUACAAAAUAUAGUAAUUUUUUUUAUUUUUACAGGUUUUACUAUUAUUACAUGGAUAUUACUUACUUCUAAAAUAUAUAAGAAGAGUUACUUACUCUUAAUAGAAUUCAAUAAUGCUCAUGGACUUAAAGAAGGCACCUCUUUAACAAUGCGAGGAGUAAAUAUUGGUUAUAUUAAAAACUUGAAAAUAGAUUUAAAUUCUAUUCUAGUUUUAGUAAAUAUUAAAUCUUCUCAUAUUUUGAUUCCAAAAAAUUCUAUAAUUGAGACAAAUCAAACAGGCUUAUUAAAUGAUGCUAUAAUAAAUAUUAUUCCAUUAGAGCAUAUUAAAAUUAAAGAUACUCAAAGUGUCAAUGUUUUUUCUUCGCAAUGCAUCACCUCUCCUUUUCUAUGUCAUUUAAAUUAUGUAGAAGGUGAUAGAGGUUUGAAUUAUGAUGAUUUAGUUAGAGCUGCUACUCGUCUUUCUCAACGUUUUGAUGAUCCUGCUUUUUUUAAUGUAUUUUAUUUGUUUUUACAAAACAGUAUUGAUUUAUCAGAUAAUAUUGUCAAUAUGACUUUUGAUCUUUCAGAUCUUAUUACCAUAUUUUACAGUGUGUUUUUUCGUUUUAUACAAAAUUACAGAUAA